AUGGCGGACGCAAAACUUUGUGCAGAGGUUUUCGAGAUUUUUGACUCCGGAGAGCAGAAAGGACGCGGAUUAAGAGCCUCAAAAUCGUUAACACCCGGAGAUAAAGUACUGGAAUCUACUCCUUUAGUCUACGUUUUAUGUAACAGUGUGCGAGGUCUGUGCUGCGACUUUUGUUUUGCUAAAAGCGAAGACCUUCAGCGUUGUUCUAAGUGUAAAUUUGCACGUUAUUGUAACCGUGAAUGCCAGAAGAGCGCUUGGAAGGAUCAUAAAACCGAAUGCGAACUCACUUUGAAUAUUUCACCGAAUAUCCCAACCGAUCUUGUACGACUCAUAGCGAGAAUCACACAACAGGAACAAUCUGCUAAACCUUCUGUUUCUUCUGUCAGAUCUGUUUACUCGAGUCUCGUCUUUCAUUCUGACAAGUUUGAUGACCAAAGAAAAGAGGCCUUUUCAGCUAUAUUGGUAGCUCUUAAACUCUUUUUAGGCGAGGGCGAUUUUCAUAAAUACUCAGAUGACCACCUAUUUGCCCUUUUUGGUAAAAUAUCCUGCAACAGUUUUACUAUUUGUGAUGCUGAACUGCAGCCCUUGGGUGUUGGUAUUUAUGAAAUUCCUUCCCUUCUCAACCACUCAUGUGCUCCAAACUGUGUUGCUGUUUUCAAUGGCACAAAACUCCUUAUACAUGCAACAGAAAAUAUCAAGCAAGGUGAUGAACUUACAAUAAGCUACACAGAACUGCUUUGCCCAAGCUACCAGAGGAAGGAAGACUUAAAAAGUCGUUAUUCAUUUGAUUGUCAUUGUUUGAAGUGUAACUCUCCACUAGAGGAAGAUGGACUUAUGUUGAGCCUGCAGUGUUCUAACUCUCAUUGCAAUGGAGCAUUGCCAAGGGAUUUAGCAGGAGGAGGCUUUGCUGCUUGCAACACUUGUGGUAAACAAGCAUCCAAUAAAGCAAUGGUAACCAAAGCAGAAGGAAAUAUCUCAAAAUCUGAAGAAGCUUUAAAGGAAAUAAAAGCAUUGGAGAAAACUGAUGACUAUAACAGUAUUCUUGACCUCGCUGAGAAUGUCCUAGAUGAACAGAGAGGUUUCUUUCAUAAAUUAAAUUACAGCAGAAUUGGCAUUCUUGAUAAAGCUAUGGAUGCCUGUAUUAAUUUGGAGUUUUGGGACAGAGCCCUAGCUUUUGGACUUCAAACAAUGGAUGCAUACAAGCUGUAUUAUCCUAGGAAUCAUCCAAGUGUUGGCAUUCAGUUGUUCAGAAUUGGCAAACUUCAAGUCUACUUGGACAAACUUAAAGAUGGUUUUCAGUCACUGCUGCAGGCAGAAGCCAUUCUGAAAGUAACUCAUGGAAAUCACCCGCUUGUACAAGAAUUGAGGGAAAUGAUAGGACAGACAUUGGAGGAACUCAGAGAGGAACAGAACAGAAAAGUCCAAGGGAUGGAAUUAAUUUGAACUGAGAAGUUAACCAUUUAAUUUCCAUGAGUGACCUAGAAAGAAUUUCUUCUUACAGUUCAAUAGAAUAUCAAACAAAGGAAAAAAUAUCAAUUAGAGGAUGAUUAGGUGAUCCAGUACUGAAUUCUACAAACCAACAUCAUAAGAGUUGUAUGGUAGACAGUAAGGAGAAUUACUAGUUAGGUCUUGGGAGUGAGAGGGUCAAGUCUUGAUCAUGUCAUUUGAUAGUCUAGAUGAGAUUAGUCUUAGAAAGAACUGUUAGUUGAGAACUCUGACUGGUGUUUCAAUGGCUUGUUGAGACUAGUGGGUAGUUGUUUUGAUCAAACAAUGUAUUAAACAGCGGCAAAGUGUGCAUGAAAAUUGGGGGGAGGGAGGGGGGGGGAAGAAGGGACCACAGAGUUUAGCAGCACAAGGAAAAAAGAACGCGUUAUGUUUUCUUCAUUUUUCAAAAUUUUAUUAAUGGGGCAAAAGCUGUGAACUCGGUUGUUCCAAGCAAAACAGUUGUCUCUCCCGAUCGGUCAUCUCACGGGGUCACUCACAAAAACUCAAAAGUUUCCUUUCAAUUUGUUAACGCAGAUUUACUUGACGGAAUGGCGUGAAAACAUUAGAGAGUUAGAGGAAAUUUGAUUUCAAAUGUUCCGAUCUUUGAGGGUCAAAAGCCCCAGGUGUAAAGAAUAAAAGAUAAAGAACAUCGUUUCAACUCCUGACUUAAAACACUGUCAAAAAACUCGUAAACAAUUCUUGUGAUAAAUCUUUUUUUUAUUACUAUUAGGUACGUCAAUCUACAAUCAAUGUGAAGUAGAGAUCUAAAUUGCUUCUAUAAUGAUAACGUGAUGCAAUCUAUAUUUUCUCCAAGAUUCUUCUGAUGGUGAUUUAGUAAUGGAAUGUCACAAGUUCAAAUAGGAAUUGUGUUCAACUUUCGGGCUUUUUGAAUUUCUCUUAAAAGCACAAAUUUAUGUCGGAAUACUUUGCGCCCAUGGAACGUUGAAAAUGAGUUUUCCUAGCCAGUAAAGGAAAGCAAAUUGAGCCAAUUUCCUCACUGAAACAUGAAUUCUGAAGCAAUCUACGAAACAAGAGCUCCACCUAUCAUAAAAAAGUCCCAAAAGACGAAUUGCUGGAAAAGCAAACUGAAUUAUUUUCGUCAAAACGUCUUCAGAAUAUUUCUAUAUAACGGUUCUAAAUCUCAAAUUUUGCGGCCAAACAGUCACUAUUUGUCGCGUGAAACACGAAACAUUUUUUUGUAACAUGCAACAUCACGUACUCACAGAAAUUGGUCAAUACGAAACCCCUUUCAUGACCUCUUACCGCCGUUCAAAAGUAACGCAAAUAUGCCGGCACGUGACGAAAUAAACUAUUUCUAAAAUGCUAUGACUUCAGUGCAAUAACUU